CGUUGAUAGAUAUAUCGUGACCGUCCAUCUAACAAGUAGAAUGUGGGACCCAUCAUCGCUGCGGGUGACGGCCUGCGGCCACCUUCUCGGCUCCCACCGCCGUAACGCCUCUCUUCCGAUCGGAAAGAUAACGAUAACCGAUCGAACAACAACAAGAAGAGGGGAAGCGAGGAAGAAGAAUGGAGGUCCCGUCGGCACGGUGUCCGUCUCGCGCAGCUCGACCCCCCUCGAGUUCUUGGGGGAGGGGUCUCCCGCCGAUCCGUCCCCUUCCCGAGGAAACCCUGGAGGAUCCCUUGCGAUGGAACCCCUCGGUCCCUCCGUUUCGACCCUCGGGCUUCCGAGCUGCUGCUUUUGCGUGGGUUUCAUGCCGACUCCUUCGUGAAUGGGUCUUGAUUGAGUCUUGGAUCUCUUCUGGAAGCUUGAGAAGGAUCCACUCAAGCUGCAACUUCAUCUAUUGCCAAGACAGAGGAGGCUAGUGAACAGGAACGAGUCUUCAAGGAUAAAGAUCUCAUGUUUGCCGACGACUCAACUGGUAGAGUUGGUUCACUUCUUGUGAGAGAGCUUCUGAAACUUGGAUUUCGGGUGCAUGCGGGAGUUAGGAGUGCUCAAACAGCAGAAUCACUGAGGCAGAGUGUAUGCCAAAUGAAGCUUAAUAUUGGAACCGGAACCUCAGGAACUGAACCUACAGAGAAGCUUGAAAUUGUUGAAUGUGAUCUUGAAAAACAAGGUGACAUAGGACCAGUAAUAGGGCCAUAUUGAAUCGACUUUAAAGCUACUGAGAACCUUAUGAAAGGAGGUAUGAAGAUUUAAAGCCUCUGACUUCACCAACGCCAUCCUUGUCAAAGUGUUAUUGCAAAGACUAAAAACAAAGUCUGGCCAGUUUUCGGAAGACCAAAGUUUCUGGAGAUGGGUGAGAAUUAAUUUCGUUGCAGAAGUUGUUUGAUUGGGAGAAAAGGAAAAAGGACAGAAUGUGGAGAUCGUCUUCCGUGGCAUAGUUCAUUUUUUAAGCAGCAAAUUCCUCUAAUAUUGCGUGGUAUAUGCGUCAAACUAAAAUGAUUCUUAUUUGUUUUCUCAGGUUAAUACUGUGAGAAGGCAGGACUUUUAUCACCUCACAUAUUCUCCGAGGACAUUGCAUCUUACAAAUAGAUGACGAUCAAAGUAUUAUUAAGAACAAGAUGGAAAUCCAUGUCCGUAGCCGAAGAAUCCGGAGGGAAGAGAAGGGUGCACAUCGACUUCGUGCUUGACGGCGAAGGCCCCCGGCACGCCGACGUCGUUCCCGAUGACGGGGAGCUGCUGUUUGCGGGCCAGGGUCUCUUGCAGCACCUGGUCGGCCCUCCUCGCCACGCUGCUCCUGAGCUCCGCCAGCCUCCUCUCGAACUCCUGCAGCUCCUCCAUGCCGAGGCUCUCCACGUCGGCGUCCCACAAGAAGGGCCUUCCCGCCCGCUCUUUCUUCACCGCCUUCUCCAGCGCGUCCCGCUUCUUCUUCUCCGCCUCGACCAGGUCGUGCAGCUCCAUGCACUGGCGGUUGAGCUCGCGGACGUUCGCCUCGCGGCGGGACUCGACCGCGGUCGAGACGGCGGUGGCCGUCGUGCGCGGGCGCGGGGUGCCGACGAGGAAGCGGUCGACCACGGCGUCGACGGAAGGGUGGCCGAAGGAGAAGACCUUGCCGGCGGGGGAGAACACGACGACGCCGAGCUCCGCCCCGCAGAGGAUGGAGAGCUCGCUCGCCUUCUUGAACAGCCCGCUGCGUCGCUUAGAGAAGCACACCUGACGAGCCUCCUCGUUCUGUAUCCUCUUGAUUUCUAUCUUCUGGCGGCCCAUGCUCGGCUUCCUCCUCACCAUUAGAGACAUCCACGGAAGCAGCAGCGAGCUGUGAAGCAGUGAGGCCAACACCACAAGCUUCGUCCGCGGUCAGUCACAGAGGGAUUGCGACUGCACAUAUAUAUAUAUAUGGCUCACAGAGAGGGCUUAGACGUCAAAGCUGGAGGAUUCGAGGAAGAUCAACUGCACUCUGGUGCUUCCCUGCUUUUGCUCCGUUCCAUCAAAAGGAGUGUUCGGUAAAGCAAAAGCGCAGAUCUACAGAAUAGCACAUUUGUUGAACGAACACGGUUUGUCUCCGCCGUGCCACUGAGAGCACAGAACCAUCGAUGUUGAUUGCUUUGUGCACGAGGGAAGAGAAACCCAAGGCUUUUGGUGUUCGAUGGAAGGCUACGGGCUCAGUUCACGCCCGACACGCCUCGACUCCACCACAUUGCGCUCGUGCGAGUCGCACACCUGCGUGCUAAACCGGCACCCGAACCUCCUCUCCUUCCUCCGCCGCGGCUCGCCUUCCUCCUCCCCUGCCGCCCCGCCACCCUCGCCGCCUUCGUCCAGCUUCGCCAAGGUCUUCUUCAUGCUGGAACACUCCCGCUCCAGCUCCUGCACCCUACUCCGCAUGCUGUCCAUGUCCAGCCGCAGCACCUGGUUCUCCCGCAUGGUCGCCCGCCACGCUCCGCCUCCGUCGCCGCCCGCGGCGGGGGCUGCCGCCUCCCCGUCCGCCGCCAGCAGCGUCCCUGUUAUCACCCGCCGCAGCUGCAGCUGCUCGAAGAAGAGCACCUGCACCACCGCCCGCAGCGGCAGCCGUUCGUUCUGCGCCGCGUGCGUGCACGCCUCCAGCGUCAGCUUCCGGCAGUCCAUCACCCCGCACACCGUCUCCUUCUCCUCCUCCGUCAUUCGCGGGUGCGCCUGCUCGCUCCACGAGAUCUCAUCAGCUCAAGGUUAUGAACUCCAGUUCGAUCUAUUAGCAACGACGACGGGGGCGCCUCUACUGUACCUUGAGAUAGAUGUCGACGGCUCGAUAGAGGCCGUCGUGGUAGACGCGGGCGUCGUCCGGGAGUGCCACCGCCAAGCCAUAGAACUUGUCUACCUUAAGAUUCGCGUCGGACGAGAUCUCCGCCAGGUACCCGUCCACCAGCUUCCCCACCAGCUUCAGCGAACCUGCGCGUGACGGCGUCCUCGCGGCCCCUCCCACCACCUCCCCCUCCGCUGCCAGUGCCGCUCGCUCCGCUUCCAGGCUGUCGAGGUAGUGGGCGACGAUCCGCUCGACGCAGUCAACGUCGUAGAGCGUCUCGGAGAGGUACGAGUAGCUCGGGAUCAGGAGAUCGUCCAGCGUCGCCCGCUCCACCUGGAACGCGAUCUUGCGCUCGAGGGCGGCCCGCGCGGCCUCCGAGGCGUGGAGGAUGUGGGCAGUCCGCAAGAGGCCGAAAAGAAACUUGGUGGUGGCGGUAGCUGAGGCCGCGGAAGCCACGGAGCUCUUCUCCAGAGGGAGAUUCGUGAUCACCGUCUCCAGGAGCUCCCGCUGCUCCGGCUCCGACGCUAUGGGCGCCGAGGAAUGCUUCCGCCGGGACCGGGAGAGGCCCGGGAUGGACUGCCGGGCGUAGGACAUGAGGGAUCCCUCGAUGGCGUCGGAGCUCAGUUCCCGGGCUUUGAGGGCGGCGAUCACGCGCUUGUACAUCGGGAGGCUCAGGAUCGCGAGGUCCUCGAGCCAAGAACCGGCGGCAGUGGCAGCGGCAGCGGCAGCGGCAGCAAACGAGGAGGAGCGGACGCCGGUCCUCCGGCGGAGCAGUCCUGUCUCGAUCCCGUUCCAGAGGAUCUGCUCGCUGCUGCCGCCGCCGCGGCCUUCGUUGACCGGCCAGCCGAAGAGGGAGUCCGGGUCGGAGGCGGACGCGCCGGCAGCGAUCGCGUCGACGCACCGCUGGGCGAUACCGAGGUCGUCAGCGAGCGGCAGCAGGUCCUCGCAGGACUUGAGGGUCUUGAUGGACUGCUUGAUGCUGGGGAGGACGGAUCGGGCGAGGAACCGCUCGGCGCGGGCGACGAGGUUGUCCUCGCCGAAUUCCUCGGUCAUUUCGAGGUAUUCCGCCACGCAGCGCAGGGGAGCCACGUUCCAAGCGUUGAGAUCGAUCUUGACGCCGUAGCAGAACUUGGCGGCCGUCUCGAACGCCUCGCAAUUGCCUGGGAAGUCCGCAAGCGAGAUGUGCGGGGUGGUCUUCCAACUCCGUUAUCAGCCGCUGAAGCCUCCCACUCUUGGCCAUCAAAGGAAACUGUUCGACAGGACCAAAAAGAUCAGCUUUUUUUGUGAUUAAUGGGUAGAAAACACAACGAAUCUCGAUGAGCAAGCGAGUUCCCAAUCACCUUAUGGAGAUGGAAGCUCAUCCCGUCCACUUCGAGUACGGUAUCACUCGGCAACCCAGUGGUACAAAACCUACAGGGUGAGAGGGAGAAACAGAUCGAACAUCUCAUCCAAGUUACAGAAGAUGGUUAGCAGAAAACAAGAAUCGAACAGAGAAUUCACCAAGCUUGGCCCUUCGGCGCGAGCUUCUCCGCCGCCAUCGCUGCUUCCUUGUGCAGAAAUAGAUCCUUGCUCCCGAAGCUCACCGAAGUACCUCGGACAUCCCACUGCCGUCUUCAAUCAUUUGGCUCCCAAAGAACGGCAAGCGGCCACGACAGCCACCAGGCGGUAGACGCUGACUCCAGCACUCAUCAGAACCGAAGGCCUGCUUCUCCGAGCAGCAUCACUUUCCUUGCUUUGUUCUGUACCGCCAUUGUACGCGGGACAGGCUGGUUCGACAGGGGAGAAAGAGAUGGCUUUUAAAGCGGGAGGGAACAAAAAGAUAAAGGCGAGCGAGCGAGGGAGCGAGCAAGCAAUUAAAAGGCCUGCCUUCUCACAGCUCAUUUAAUGACUCCAAACCUUCAUCACCACGACAAGCAGUGAUAAUAAUAGCAGAUCACUCAGAGCUCAUCAAUUACCCCCACCCACCACUCCAAAGUUCAUGCUGCGCAAUAAAGGGGAGGAGCCGGAGCUUUCAAACGAUGAG